UCGGAGGUCUUGUCCCGUCACGCAUUGCGCGACAAAAUGGCCGCCCCCUGUCCGAAACUGGGAACCGAAACUGUGCGAAACCAAGACUAGUUUGUCCCUGAUUUUUUCCAUCAUAAAAAGCUUGUCACAGGUCCCAUAAACAUCAUGAAGAGGAGUGGUGAGAAUCGUGAUAGUUUCGUGACGGAUUCUAAGCGCUUUAGGGCAGAAAACCUCAGCGAUUCUACAGAAAGUGAUGAAGAUGAUGACACGGCCAGGCCUCCCCCACUGGGCACAUCAGCGGCCAUGGGCCAGCCCAAGCCUGGCCCUGCUUCAGCGGCUCCUCUGUACAACAGUUUUGCUGAACGGAUGAUGGCCAAGAUGGGUUAUAAGAAGGAGGAGGGUCUGGGAAAGCAUGGCCAGGGUCGGAAGGAGAUUGUGGAGGCCUCCACACAGCGUGGGCGCCGCGGUCUGGGUCUGAAGCUGGAGGCCUUCGAUGGACAAAUCGACAUCGACUGGACAGAUGAAGAACCGCCUUCUGUCCACGAGAGGCCAGGAUGGCUGCCUGCCUGUCAGAAACCUGUUCCCAACAAAGACACCUUACAAGACUGGGUCUUAGAGGGCACAAGGAAGAACCAGAUUGAAGAUGAAGUGGAGUUUUGUAAUGAAGAAAUCUUGUUAGACUUGCUGAAGUGUAAGAGUGUUUUUGAUGUUCUGGAUGGCCAAGAAAUGAGGAAUGCCAGAACCAGGGCCAACCCCUAUGAGACCAUUAGGGGGGCCAUCUUUCAGAACAGAGCUGCUAUGAAGAUGGCUAACAUGGACCAUGUGUUUGACUACAUGUUCACUGAGCCCAAGAAUGACAAAGGGGAGCCCAUGGUUGGUGCCCAUGAUCUGCUGUACUUUGCUGAUAUCUGUGCUGGUCCGGGAGGGUUCUCAGAGUACGUUUUGUGGAGGAAGAAGUGGCAUGCAAAGGGCUUCGGGCUGACCAUCAGGGGACCCAACGACUUCAAACUGGAGGAGUUCUUCGCUGCUUCCAGUGAAAUGUUUGAACCCCAUUAUGGUGAAGGUGGCAUAGACGGGGACGGUGACAUCAUGAAGCCAGCCAACCUGACCACCUUCAAGAAGUUUGUGUUAGACAGCACAGAGGGCAAGGGUGUGCACUUUGUCAUGGCAGAUGGGGGUUUUUCCGUGGAGGGUCAGGAGAACCUACAGGAGGUACUGAGUAAACAGCUGGUUCUGUGUGAGUUCCUGUGUGCCCUCUCCAUCCUCAGGAUAGGCGGCUGUUUUGUAUGUAAGACCUUUGACCUGUUCACCCCCUUCAGCGUGGGACUUGUGUACCUCCUGUACCACUGCUUCCACCAGGUCUGCAUCUUCAAACCCAUCACCAGCCGACCUGCCAACUCAGAACGAUAUGUAGUGUGUAAGGGGCUGAAGCCAGGCUAUGAGGUAGUGGAAGAGUAUCUCUUCAAUGUGAACAUCCAGAUGAACAGACUCAAGAACACAGAAGUAGACGUGAACGAGGUGGUUCCUCUCGACAUCAUCAAGAAGGACUCGCAGUUCUUCCAGUACAUGGUGUCCUCAAAUGAAAAUUUGGCUGUGAAGCAGACAAAGCAUCUUGCUAAGAUCAGAGGAUAUACCCAGGACACCACAUUAUUUGAAGCAGGACAAGGGAAGAUCAGAAAGGAGGCCCUACAGUUGUGGAAGGUUCCAGAUGAGGCUCGAGUUGCUCCCCAGAAGCCAGAUUCUCGAGUGAGGUUCACAGAACUUGCCAAGGAGACCAACAUGGACGUGUUCACCUACAAGGCCACCAUGCUGUCCCCAGAUAACCUCAGUAAGCUGGGGAACGUGUAUGACUUCAGGUGUAUGGUUGCUGGAGGAGACAGGAUGUUCCUACUGGCUCUUGGGAGAACUCUCCUGUUCCAAUGGGACGGUCGCCCCACCACAAAGUGGAUGAAGUUGGACAUGAACAUGGAGCUGCCUAAAGACACCCUGCUGGUGGUGGAAAUAGUACAGGAACUUAAGGGGGAGGGAAAAGCUCAAAGGAAGAUCACAGCCAUGCACAUUGUGGAUGCCUAUGUGCUGAAUGGGGAGGACAUCAGCAGCAGGCACUUCAGUGAAAGGAUGCUGAUGGCAGAAAAGUUUGUGAAGGCCGUGUCCAAGCCUAGCAGACCUGACAUGGCUCCACUCAGAACAAAAGAAGUCUACAGAUUGGAAGAAGUGGAGAAGAUUUUUCAGAAGUUAGAUAUGCGACUGACCAAGGGUUCGCGAGACCCCCGGUUGUGUUACAGCAUCGAUGGAACCAGACACUUCCUGCCGUGUGGAGUGCACUUCAUCAGAACUGUCAAUGACCCGUGGGUGAUGCAGUACAGUAAGAGUUGGAACAAGAAGUACUUCUUCAACUCCAGAAAUGGAAGUUCCACCUUUGACUGUCCGGCUGAAGCUGUUGCACCAUUCAGGGUCUGCUAUGCCAACAGGAUAUUCUGGGCCUGGGAGGAUGGGGUUAAAGUUCAUGACUCCCAUAAGGGCAGUGACAGUAAGGUGUCCCGGGACAUGCUGGUCCAGUAUGUACAUCGACAUCUCAAGUGAAUAUAUUGGUUCUGGUUAUACAUGGACAUCUGAACUACAGCUGCUAGCUCACAGCUAGGCUGGGAAGAAUGUCAUUGGGUUGUGGAAACAAGUUUCUUUCCCAAGUGUAUACCUUUGCAUCAUCAUUAUAAUACUAGUAACUGCAUUUUGCUUGAAGCUUUCCAAUGCGCCCCCCCUAUCAGCAACCCAUCUCUGCAAGGUCCUGAUCGAUUAAGUAUCACCCUGGGGAGUCUUAAGCUUUGUACGUAUCUUUGUACAUAUGACGGUCAGAUGAUGAUGGUGAUGAUGAUGUUGAUGUGAUGAUGAUGAUGAACUUCUCAAGUUUCUUCUCGUAUUAUGGAGGCUCAUACACCCUCCAACAUCCUUCCUGAUUCACUUGAAAGUGGCACCCACAUACAACAAUUGCUGCACACCUCCAAUAUUUCUGUAAUCAAUGAUAAUGUGUGACCAACAGUGAUAUUCUAUUAGUGACAAUUGAAUCUGCAGAAUGUUUAUUCUGAUAGGAAGGUCUUUCAUCUUAAUACAGUCAAGUUGAAAAGAUGUGUUCACUGUUGUCACAUAGGGUUGAUUAAAGCAUUUCUAAGUAUUACUUCAGCUUUUGAUUACAGGCAUGAAAUCAUACCACAAAGAUCAGUAGUGUGAGUAGAGAUGAGGAAUGUGCUGCCUUGGAAGGGGUUUGCUAUCUUCAAACAAUGGGACAAUUCAUUAUAUGAUGUACCUGUAACACAAGGUUAGAAGUACAAAUGUAUAAGAAAAAAUGAAGAACUGUUCGGAUAUUUCAUAGCUAUUUUAUGAUAAAAUUUUGUUGCAUUUCUGAUGAUUGUUGUAAAGUGUGAUGUGCAUUAGGUCUCAGAACAAGUAACCUUACAGUACCCAUGUAUCCAACUGUUAAUUCAAAAUCUAAGAAUGUAAACAAAAGCAGUAUUUGUUGACAAAAGUAGUGAACAAUACAUUGCAUAUUACAAGUGGUUUAUUCACAUUUAAGCUGAUUCAGUUGGAUGCAUAUUAAUCUGAAUUAAGAUAUAUGUUUUUAAGACAUGACUUGUAAUGAGAACAGCUAUUAUGAUGAUACAGUUUUAAUUUGAUAAAUCACAAGAUGUGUAGUAGUGCAUGAUGUAAAUAUGUGUUUAAGAUUGUUUCAGUUAAUUGUUCUCUACAGCUAGGAAAGUCAACAGGAAAUGAAGAAAAAGAUACAAACAACUUGAAUAACUGUAAGUUGUAAUAUAUAUGUAGGUAUAAUGAGGAUCAGUGUUACACAUAAAAGAUGAUUGAUGUGAAAUAUAUAAGC